AUGCAGUUAGCUGUAAUUGAAUUCUCUCGAAAUGUUUUAGGAUGGAAAGGUAAUAACUUCUCUCAUUGUUUUGUAAGUUUUGUAAUAUCAAUACUUGCAUUUCAAGAAAAUAGUUGUUAAAUUUAAUGUGCAUUUUAAAUAAGUCUAGUGCCCAUGACCUUUUGCUACUGAUGUUAUCUAUUAUUAUGCACACUCUUUAACCACUCAACAAUGGAUCAUUCCAAUAACAAGUUUGCUAACUAAGAUUUGACUGCUGGAAGGUAGAAGAACUCAUGAUAACCAUUACACAGAAUAAGAAUCACUUUUAUGGAAAACAUCAUAUUCCAUUCGACAGUUUCUGAAAUUACAAAAUAAAGCAGACAACGAUCUCAUUGCUUGCAUUGUGCUAAAAGCUAUGUGCAUCUUACAUUUUAUGUUCCCAGGGGCAAAUACAACUGAAAAUGAACCUGAUACUACUUACCCUGUGGUAAGCCUGUUAUGAUUAUUUUAAUAAUUAUUUUGAUACCCAAGAGUAAACAGCAUCAGGAGAGCACAUAACUGUUUGAGGCAGUAUGGUGGCCAAGCAGUUAACAUGUCAGUCUACUCUGUACAUCCACACUCAAAAGUGGUCUUCUUGUAGAUUGUUUCCUUAAACAAGAAACUUUUCUCCACGUUGUCUGUCUUUCGCCAAGGUGUAUAAAAGGGUACCAGCCAUAUACUGCUGGAUUAACCCUGUGUUGGUUUAGCAUCCCAUUCUGGGGAUGAAAGAUAUUAGUAAUUUGAGGAAUAAUAGCAGAUUAAUAACAUGGUUUGCACGGGCCUUAAAUAGUCCUUGAAAAAGCAUCAUGUCCUUGAAACGUCCUUGAAUUUUCCACCAUAGUCCUUGAAUAUUUUUGAAAGCUCCUUAAUAAAAAUAACCUUCGCUAAAAAUAAAAUGUUUUGCGCAAAGAAAUGAUUGAAAGCACAGCAAUACACAUUUUCUUGGUGAUCAUGAAAGUUUUUUCCUAUGAUUUCGGUGUUCCCGGCAUAGUUCAUUUUCCGUUAUUUGAAGUACCCUAGGAACCGUGCCUUAAUGAAGGAAGGUACUACCUACGCAUUUUAAAAGUCUUUACUUCAUGUUAUUGGGGAAGUGAAGUCCGUGAAAAAAUAUUUUAGUCCUUGAUUUUUUCCCAAAAAAUUCUGUGUGAACCGUGUAAUAGAACAUAGUUGUUGAGACCAAGCAUGCAAACAGAGCCCACUUCAGUUGAGCUUGACCCUUUAAGGACCGCUUUGGUCGUUUUCAUUCCACAUGCAACAAUGAAUAUUUUCCUUCUUGGAUCGUCAGUACGAGCUGUUAAGUUGGUAAGCAGCAACGUCAGCAAAGAUCGAUGUUUCCAACAAUACCUCGUUUUGGAAAUUCUGCUGACAGAGUUACACACAAAAACCAAGUAACAUUUUGGGGAAAAAUCCAUUGCUAAUUUCGCUAUUUUUCUACUACUAUUUGCAGAUUAAAUUUGUCUCUUUCCUAAAAGUUUAGCCAGCCACAAUUCCAUGCAAAAGAAAGACGAUAAAGUGGGCAACAACACUGGAUAUAAAAAAGAAAGAUCGAGUGCGCGUAAAAACAAAAAAGCUGCUUCAUUACAGAUCCUAUUAGUCGGAAAAUAUGUCCUUGUUGUUGCAAAACUAAUUUUUUGUCAUUCCCUUGCUAAUUGGCCGAAAACCAGUCCAAAAAAGAGGAAUUGGUGAACAAUGCGUUUUUUUUCGCUACUCUCUGGAUUAAAAAUGCCCAAGGAACAAAUAAGUUGGUUUUGAUCUAUUUUAUUGAGGAUUUAAAUAUUGUCAGAAGGAAGUUUCAUUUUUCUGUUUUAAAAAUUAAUGUCAGCCGUGAAACAGUGUGCAAAGAAAGACACUUUACAGCUUGCCAUUUGGGCCUGCUGUAGCUAGCAUGUACUAGCCCAAAAGUCAUUUCAACUAGCACAAAAAAUAGAAAAAAUCGAUUAGCAGGAUUGAUUUCUGUUCUUCUGUUAUUUGAACUUGACUUGCCCAUUAGGCAAGUUUAUGAAUAACAGUAUUCUCCAGCCCGAGAGCCAAAUCCACUAGCCCUGGGCUAUCGGACACCACUUUCUUUGCACACUGCCUGAAAAGGAGUUAUGAGCUGAGGUAUCAGAUUCAGACUUGCCUGUAUUUGCCAGUUAAUGUUGAAUGUUAAACAUCAUAUAAAAUUCUAUGUUUUUCAGGAAUUUGUUAUGGUAUGCAGUUAGCUGUAAUUGAAUUCUCUCGAAAUGUUUUAGGAUGGAAAGGUAAUAACUUCUCUCAUUGUUUUGUAAGUUAUGUACAUAUCAAUACUUGCAUUUCAAGAAAAUAGUUGUUAAAUUUAAUGUGCAUUUUAAAUAAGUCUAGUGCCCAUGACCUUCUGUUACUAAUGAUAAAGCAGACAACGAUCUCAUUGCUGGCAUUGUGCUAAAAGCUAUGUGCAUCUUACAUUUUAUGUUCCCAGGGGCAAAUACAACUGAAAAUGAACCUGAUACUACUUACCCUGUGGUAAGCCUGUUAUGAUAAUUUUAAUAAUUAUUUUGAUACCCAAGAAUAAACAACAUCAGGAGAGCACAUCACUGUUUAAGGCAGUAUGGUGGCCAAGCAGUUAGCCGGUCAGUCUACUCUGUACAUCCACACUCAAAAGUGGUCUUCUUGUAGAUUGUUUCCUUAGACAAGAAACUUUUCUCCACGUUGUCUGUCUUUCGCCAGGGUGUAUAAAAGGGUACCGGCCAUAUACUGCUGGGUUAACCCUGUGUUCAGUGGUUUAGCAUCCCAUUCUGGGGAUGAAAGACAUUAAUAAUUUGAGGAAUAAUUGCAGAUUAAUAACAUGGUUCGCACGGGCCUUAAAUAGUCGUUGAAAAAGCAUCAUGUCCUUGAAACGUCCUUGAAUUUUCCACCAUAGUCCUUGAAUAUUUUUGAAAGCUCCUUAAUAAAAAUAACCUUCGUUAAGAGUAAAAUGUUUUGCGCAAAGAAAUGAUUGAAAGCACAGCAAUACACAUUUUCUUGGUGAUCAUGAAAGUGUUUUCUUAUGAUUUCGGUGUUUCCGGCAUAGUUCAUUUUCCGUUAUUUGAAGUACCCUAGGAACCGUGACUUUUAAAGGAAGGUACCACCUACGCAUUUUAAAAGUCUUUACUUCAUGUUAUUGGGGAAAAGAAGUCCUUGAAAAAAUAAUUUUAGUCCUUGAUUUUUUUCCCAAAAAAUUCUGUAUCAACCAUGUAAUAGAACAUAGUUGUUGAGACCAAGCAUGCAAACAGAGCCCCCUUCAGUUGAGCUUAACCCUUUAAGGACCGCUUUAGUCGUUUCGUUCCACAUGCAACAAUGAAUAUUUCCCUUCUUGGAUCAUCAGUAUGAGCUAUUAAGUUGGUAAGCAGCAACGUCACUAAAGAUAGAUGUUUCCAACAAUACUUCGUUUUAGAAAUUCUACUGACGGAGCUACAUAUAAAAAGCCAAGUAACAUUUUGGGGAAAAAUCCAUUACUAAUUUCGCUAUUUUCCUACUACUAUUUGCAGAUUAAAUUUGUCUCUUUCCUAAAAGUUUAGCCAGCCACAAUUCCAUGCAAAAGAAAGACGAUAAAGUGGGCAACAACACUGGAUAUAAAAAAGAAAGGCAAAGGGAAAAAAGAAAGAUCGAGUGCGCGUAAAAACAAAAAAGCUGCUUCAUUACAUCCUAUUAGUCGGAAAAUAUGUCCUUGUUGUUGCAAAACUAAUUUUUUGUCAUUCCCUUGCUAAUUGGCCGAAAACCAGUCCAAAAAAGAGGAAUUGGUGAACAAUGCGUUUUUUUUCGCUACUCUCUGGCAUUCGCCAAAGGGUUAACCCAAAGUUAUUUGUCCCUGAAUAGCACGUAACAACCCGUUCCUAUCCAUGUCCCCUCUAUAGUUGGAGACGUCAUCAGUUUUCACGGUCAAGGACAACUAAUCUGAAACUGCAUUUUGUAGAAUGAACCUUAUUUUGUUUUUAGGUCAUUGAAAUGCCUGAACACAACCCAGGCCAGCUGGGAGGAACAAUGAGACUUGGAAGACGACGUACAGUGUUUUCAGAAACUCAUGAAAGUAAAACAAGUAAGACUUAAAAAAAACUCCCUAGUCCUAUAAGACUAAUGUUAUGAAGAGUAGGUGGACUGCAUGCUAGCACGUACAGCAUGUUUAGAAGUCCGUUGGAACGAAGAAAAUUCUUUUAAAUGAUCAAAUGAAUGAAUUAUUCAUUUACUCAUUGUUAUAUUUAUUAUUGUUAAUUUUUCAAAAUUGGAGCCAUGAAAAAAGGUAUCAACAGAUUACUUUAACGCUAUUAAUAACGGCAAUAAAGAAUGUCUCAAAAUAGUUUCGUCUCCGCCCCUCUUCCGUCCUAUACUUUUCAAUUUCCUGAACCUGCAGAUCUAACACGUGUUGUUGAGGUCUAUUUUCUAGCCUUCACCACCUAAAAAAGUCACUGCCGUUUUGGGGAAUUUCUGACAAAAGCGAAAGAAGUGUUAAAACUAAAAUCGCAAAAGGCGAUUCAAUCCAUCGUGGAAGACUGUCAAUUUGAGAGUGACCGUGACUUAAGCAAGUUUGGUGGUCCAUACAAGGCCAAAACCUUGGUCAAGUGAUACAUUUUCAUCAAGUAGGCUGCUAUAUAUAGCCGUACACAAGAAAAAUAAUAAUAAAUUGUUAUUUUUCCUGUUACAGGAAAGCUUUACAAGAACGCAUCUUUUGUCGAAGAGAGACACAGACACAGAUAUGAGGUAAAAGACUUUAUACGGUGAAAUGUGUUUUGUUUUUUUUUACUCCUUCCUAGGUCUAGGAUCCUGAUCACCUUUUUUUUCUUAGGCGCAUCAUUGGUCAAUGAAUUUAAAAACUUCGGCUCGUUAUUACAAGUGUAGCUAUUGUCCUCAGAGUCUGAAAUAGUUGCCUUUGUACACGAGUUUUGUAAGCAUUUCAUUAACUUGACCUCAGGUUUUUCAUUAUCGUGUUGCUGGCUUUUGGCAGAUUGUUACUUUUCUCCUUGUCCCAUUAAAAUUAACUGCAAAGUUUUUUCGGCCUACACCUUUUUUAUAUUGUUUGUAAAAUAAAUUAAAUAUUGUCUGACAAGUGCAGUUGUACUCCCUUAUUUUCCUUAAGUAUAACUUGGCAAGUAGCCCAAACAUUCUGUUUUACCAAAAGUAAUGUUGCUUCAACCUCGCGGUUAUGUGUCCCGAAAUUUACACCUUAGGCACACAGUGACAUAGUCUUGAAGGCUCUUAUUGAAAGUUUGUGUAUUUUUGUUCUCAAAACGAGCCGAGAAAAAAGGAAUAAGUAGAGAAAGGCAAUUAAGACUGCUUUGUCGGUCAAAAGCAACAUCUUCAAAGUACUUUCUAGUGACGUACCCUUGGGAAAAAAAACCUUUAAAAGCCUUGAGCUCAGUUAAAGCGUUUCCAUUUGCAAACUUAACUAGCGACCGUUAUAAUUGGAAUUUCAAGCUUUCUGUUUACCUCCAACUAAUAACGGCUGUCCUGUUACUGACUGGCACGAAGGUGCGUAUUUUUUACAGUGUGGUACACAAGGUAACUUUUAUUUGUCGAGGGCUUUUUGGCCAAAAAGAGUAAUUUCCUUGUGUUAAAUCAAAGGUUAACCCAACAUAUGUCAAGCAGUUAGAGGAGAAUGGCAUGCUGUUUGUUGGAAAAGACGUUGAAGGCGAGAGAAUGGAAAUCAUGGAAUUGAAAGGUGUGUGUUUAGGGUUCGCCCAGGUCAUGGAAAACCUGGAAAGGAUUUUCCAGGCCUGGAAAAUCAUGAAAUUUGAUUGUUGGUCAUGGUAUAUCAUGGAAAAUUUUAAGUUAUGUUUGGUAGAUUAGUUACUGCAAUGUCAAAGCAAGGACAAAGUGAGAUAGAUANGAAUUUCUGACAAAAGCGAAAGAAGUGUUAAAACUAAAAUCGCAAAAGGCGAUUCAAUCCAUCGUGGAAGACUGUCAAUUUGAGAGUGACCGUGACUUAAGCAAGUUUGGUGGUCCAUACAAGGCCAAAACCUUGGUCAAGUGAUACAUUUUCAUCAAGUAGGCUGCUAUAUAUAGCCGUACACAAGAAAAAUAAUAAUAAAUUGUUAUUUUUCCUGUUACAGGAAAGCUUUACAAGAACGCAUCUUUUGUCGAAGAGAGACACAGACACAGAUAUGAGGUAAAAGACUUUAUACGGUGAAAUGUGUUUUGUUUUUUUUUACUCCUUCCUAGGUCUAGGAUCCUGAUCACCUUUUUUUUCUUAGGCGCAUCAUUGGUCAAUGAAUUUAAAAACUUCGGCUCGUUAUUACAAGUGUAGCUAUUGUCCUCAGAGUCUGAAAUAGUUGCCUUUGUACACGAGUUUUGUAAGCAUUUCAUUAACUUGACCUCAGGUUUUUCAUUAUCGUGUUGCUGGCUUUUGGCAGAUUGUUACUUUUCUCCUUGUCCCAUUAAAAUUAACUGCAAAGUUUUUUCGGCCUACACCUUUUUUAUAUUGUUUGUAAAAUAAAUUAAAUAUUGUCUGACAAGUGCAGUUGUACUCCCUUAUUUUCCUUAAGUAUAACUUGGCAAGUAGCCCAAACAUUCUGUUUUACCAAAAGUAAUGUUGCUUCAACCUCGCGGUUAUGUGUCCCGAAAUUUACACCUUAGGCACACAGUGACAUAGUCUUGAAGGCUCUUAUUGAAAGUUUGUGUAUUUUUGUUCUCAAAACGAGCCGAGAAAAAAGGAAUAAGUAGAGAAAGGCAAUUAAGACUGCUUUGUCGGUCAAAAGCAACAUCUUCAAAGUACUUUCUAGUGACGUACCCUUGGGAAAAAAAACCUUUAAAAGCCUUGAGCUCAGUUAAAGCGUUUCCAUUUGCAAACUUAACUAGCGACCGUUAUAAUUGGAAUUUCAAGCUUUCUGUUUACCUCCAACUAAUAACGGCUGUCCUGUUACUGACUGGCACGAAGGUGCGUAUUUUUUACAGUGUGGUACACAAGGUAACUUUUAUUUGUCGAGGGCUUUUUGGCCAAAAAGAGUAAUUUCCUUGUGUUAAAUCAAAGGUUAACCCAACAUAUGUCAAGCAGUUAGAGGAGAAUGGCAUGCUGUUUGUUGGAAAAGACGUUGAAGGCGAGAGAAUGGAAAUCAUGGAAUUAAAAGGUGUGUGUUUAGGGUUCGCCCAGGUCAUGGAAAACCUGGAAAGGAUUUUCCAGGCCUGGAAAAUCAUGAAAUUUGAUUGUUGGUCAUGGUAUAUCAUGGAAAAUUUUAAGUUAUGUUUGGUAGAUUAGUUACUGCAAUGUCAAAGCAAGGACAAAGUGAGAUAGAUACUACUAGUUAGUCAGAGCAAACGACACGCGUUUGGUGGACACCGGAUUUUGUAUGCUGAACUGAGUGUGGUAAAAAAAAUCCCCCCAAAAUAAGAGUAGUUUUGAAAAGUUUCGAAAGUGACCACUAAACCUUAGGCCAUGGAAACUGGGCAAGUUCAUGGAAUAAAUCAUGGAAUUUGAAGAGCUCAAAAGAGUACGAACUCUGACAUGGAAUCUUUUGGUGGACUAUCCCAGCGUUAUAACUGAAAUUUUGCAAAAUUAUCAUAGUGGCUAAAUUCAGAUAUGCCUCAAAUCUUAAUUUUUAUGUACCACGUGUAAGAUCAAAUUGUGGCAAACACUCAUUUGAGUUUGCCAUAACCAUAACCCGGGAAGAGAUUCCUACUAGCGUAAAAACACUCAGCUACCACCAGUUCACAAAACAGUGCAAGCGAAUUCUACUAACACUCAAAGGUAACAAAGUAAAAUAACUGUUUCUUAUAACUGUUCAUAGCUACAGUGGCACCGAGCACACAUAUGUUUAAAAAACGUGUUUCGAUUCCGUAAUAUAGCGAUGUUUAGCUCGAAAGUUGUGCUCCUCUGACCACCGUACACUUCUCUCAGAGCCAUUUAAUUCUUUCUUUUCUUCUCUUAUUUGUUAUUUUAUUUCUCUGUUACUCUCUGAUCAAUGUAAAUAUUAUAUUGAGUGUGGAUAAAAAUUCAAACUGAACUGAGACUCAGGGAGACUGUUUUGUGAGACUGUUCCAAGGGAGAGAAUUGUUGCUGCUGUGAAUUUCUUCGGGCGUUAUGAGCUGUUCCUUUUGUUUCAGACCACCCAUACUUUGUUGGUGUCCAAUAUCAUCCAGAAUACAUCAGUAGACCGGUCAGACCGUCCCCUCCCUACCUGGGAUUGAUUUUAGCAGCUAUCAACAAGUUACCACAGUACAUUGCAAGAGGAUGUCGACUGUCUCCAAGGUGCAGCAUCAGUGAAGAUGAGGAUGAUGAAGAGGAGGAGUUAGCUAGGCUUCCAGAGUUUAAACUCUAGAUUGAUUUAAAGGAGUUAAGUACAGAAAUACUUCCAGCAGUAUUUGACAGAAUUUUGCUGUUGUACGAAAGGCAUUGGAUAAGGCAGUCUGGAGAAAAAAACUAAUUUUCGAGAGAUAA